AUGACUUCAAUCAGAGACAUGGCUAAAACUGCAAUCAUUUUAUGUGCCGUCUGUUUCUUCGCAAAUUCUGAUGGAAAAGCUGUGAAGAAGCGGUCUGUAAGUGAAAUGCAGAUUAUGCACAAUUUAGGAGAACACCUGCAUUCUGCAAACCGGCAAACUUGGCUCCUUGAGAAACUGCAAACUGUGCACCAUGAUCCCCAGGCUGCUGAAGAGACAGCCAUGGAUGCGAAGCCCCGCGAGGUCAGAAGUUGGAGGCUGCUCCCGGAUCAUCUGCAGGCAAAGCUGCAGAAGAAACAAAAGGAUUGGAACAAAGGUUAUAAAGAUAUCACCUUCAAAACAAAACCCCAGUGA